UGUUCUCUGUCAAAAAUGGCAGACCCCUCUGCGACAACUCCCCCUACCCUGAGCGCGAAGCUUGGUGAAACCUGUCAGAUAGGCAGAGCUCUAGGGCGCUGUGCAUCUGAUAUUCGAAAGUAGGUUAUUCAACAAACCGGAAGAAAUUAUUAGGGUUUUAAGACUUCUAUUCAACUCUUAACUUUCUCUUUGAACUUGUUGAUGUUUAGGGUGUUUUUUUGUUGUCUUUUUCUAUUAUCAUCAUUGAUUACAACUGAUAGAGAUAUAUUAUUUUUGUAGAACGUAUAUUUUCUAUAUUUUUAAGUCUCGUUUUGUUAUAGACAGUGAACGCUUGUGACUCAAGAAAUACACUUUUUACGCCUAUCUAUGUGUAGCGCACAAAAUCCGCUUAAAUCCAGUCCUCCCGCCUGUGGAGCGAGCGCCUUUCUAUCACCCUGGCAACUGGUCCUGGUGGCUGCUUCCGUGAGCUUUUCUUGUAGAUUUGUUCAUCAGCCAUCCAAGGUUUAAUUCGACUUUUUGCUCCCCACCGUAGCACGGGGCCAUUUUUUCAAGAGUGGGUAGGCUGUUUCACUACUCUCUCUGUUAUUUCAUUUAAUACAUCUGUGGAGUUUCAUGCAUCGGAGAAGUCUAUUUUUUUCUGCGUCAAAAUGCCCGUGAGACGCGGUCAUGUAGCUCUCCAAAACACCUAUCUGGACACCAUUAUCCGGAAAUUCGAUGGACAAAAUCGGAAGUUCCUGAUAGCCAAUGCCCAGAUGAAGAACUGCGGCAUCAUCUACUGCAAUGAGGGCUUCUGCCAGAUGUUUGGCUUCUCACGGGCGGAGAUCAUGCAGCAGCCUUGCACAUGCCAGUUCCUGGUGGGCCCCGGCACAAUGAAGACUGCUCUGACACAGUUGGCACAGGCCCUGCUGGGGUCGGAAGAGCGCAAGGUGGAGAUCCUAUACUAUGACAAAGAAGGGACAUGCAGGCCCUGUCUGAUUGAUGUGGUCCCUGUGAAGAACGAGGACGGACAGGUCAUCAUGUUCAUCCUUAAUUUCCAGGAAAUCAUUGACCCCUCCCUGAAGAAACCAGGGCUGAGACAGAGGAUGGCCCAGGGCUGGGUGUGGGCAGGGCGGAGUCGCAGGUUGAAGUUAAGACUGCCAUCAUUGCGAGCCAUGCGUCGGUCUUCACUCUCCAAAGACCAGUUUGAAGGGGUGGUGGUAGACUACCUACAGCCCAACAGUGAGGAUGUUCCUCUGAAGGAGUUUCGUCUACUGUCCAAGGAGAGCUGCAUGCAGUCUGAGACAGAGGCUCUUAUAGAGCAGGACUGCAAGUCCCUCCGGUCUAUGGGCCCCACUUCCCCAAAGCGUCUGUCCCUGUUGUCAGACAGGCUGGAAGCCAGCGGGCCCUUCCUUCCCAGGACGGUCCCAGCCCGAAGUCGAUCCAGAGAAAGUAUCUGCAGCCUCCACAGCCUCCGUAGGGUGUCCUCCCUGGACGACCUGGACGGCAUGAGGGCCGAGUGGGCACGGCCGGGAGACCCACGCUCCAACAGCAUUCCAUUUGAAUCAAAACAUACAAAGACAAAACUACCUGGACCUGUCGAAGGUGUCUGUGAUAUAAAACCGGGAUGUUUCUUACCUACCCAAGUGGUGGGUAAACUUAGGCCUCAGAGCCAAUUCACUCCGAUCUGCGACUUGAAGGCCGCCACCCUGAGCUCCACGUCGGACUCAGACCUGAUGCGACGCAGGACCAGCACUCGUAACCCCCUAACCCUAACCUUUGCCGCUGACCUCUUGCGCCAGCCCUCACCCUCCGAGAUUGAGAUCAUAGCUCCCAGCAAAGUAAAGGACCGCCACCGAGAUGUCACAGAGAAGGUCACGCACGUCACACAGGUGCUGUCCCUGGGGGCUGACGUCCUGCCGGAGUACAAGCUCCAGGCCCCUCGCAUCCACAAGUGGACCAUCCUCCACUACAGUCCCUUCAAGGCGGUGUGGGACUGGAUCAUCCUGCUGCUGGUCAUCUACACGGCCGUCUUCACCCCGUACUCCGCCGCCUUCCUGCUCAACGAGGUCGAGGACGAGCUCCGGCGCUCCUGCGGCUACACCUGCAACCCCCUCAACGUGGUGGACCUCGUGGUGGACGUUAUGUUCAUCGUGGACAUCCUCAUCAACUUCCGGACCACCUACGUCAAUCACAACGACGAGGUGGUCAGCCAACCGGGCCGCAUCGCCCAGCACUACUUCAAAGGCUGGUUCCUCAUUGAUAUAGUGGCGGCCAUUCCAUUUGACCUGCUCAUAUUCCGCUCUGGCUCUGACGAGCCUCAGACCACCACUCUGAUUGGCCUUCUAAAGACUGCACGGCUUCUGCGAUUGGUGCGUGUGGCGCGGAAGCUGGACCGCUAUUCCGAGUAUGGCGCAGCCGUUCUCUUCCUCCUCAUGUGCACCUUUGCCCUCAUCGCCCAUUGGCUGGCCUGUAUCUGGUACGCCAUCGGCAACGUGGAGCGCACCAGCUCCGCCCGCAUCGGAGGCAUGAAGAUCGGCUGGCUGGACAACCUGGCCGAGCAGAUCGGGAAGCAGUACAACGACACGGACCCCGCCUCCGGCCCCUCCACCAAGGAUAAAUACGUCACGGCGCUCUACUUCACCUUCAGCAGCUUGACCAGCGUGGGCUUCGGCAACGUCUCCCCCAACACCAACCCUGAGAAGAUCUUCUCCAUCUGCGUCAUGCUUAUCGGCUCUCUGAUGUAUGCCAGUAUCUUUGGUAACGUGUCGGCCAUCAUCCAGAGGCUGUACUCGGGCACAGCCCGCUACCACACCCAGAUGCUGCGAGUCAAAGAGUUCAUCCGCUUCCACCAGAUCCCGGAGGGACUGCGGCAGCGCCUGGAGGAGUACUUCCAGCACGCCUGGUCCUACACCAACGGCAUCGACAUGAACGCCGUGCUGAAGGGUUUCCCUGAGUGUUUGCAGGCUGAUAUCUGUCUCCAUCUGAACCGCAGCCUGCUCCAGAAUUGCAGGGCCUUUAAAGGGGCCAAUAAGGGUUGUCUGCGGGCGCUGGCCAUGCGCUUCAAGACCACCCACGCUCCACCGGGGGACACCCUGGUCCACAUGGGGGACGUCCUCUCUGCCCUCUACUUUAUCUCCAGAGGGUCCAUAGAGAUACUAAGGGACGACGUGGUGGUGGCCAUACUGGGUAAGAAUGAUAUCUUUGGGGAGCCCAUCUAUCUGUUUGGACGCCCAGGCAAGUCCAGUGCGGAUGUGAGGGCUCUGACCUACUGUGACCUCCAUAAGAUCCUCAGGGAUGACCUGCUGGAGGUGCUGGACAUGUACCCAGACUUCUCAGACUGCUUUUGGACCAACCUGGAGAUCACCUUCAACCUCAGAGAUGUAGAUAGAAUAAACCAGGCUACGCCAAGUGAGGACUCUGAAUGUGGAUUCCGACGAUCACGGCCACGACGCAGAAGAAACCGGCCUGAUGGAAUGGACCGUGAGGAUUCCUUCCCAGACCGGUCGUGUCCCAUGGGGAACCACAGAGGCCCUAACACUGACUCCCACUGGGAUGGCGUGUGUAGUAGCACCUGCUCUCAGUCCAGUGAGGAGGACGAGCCUGUGGGACACAACAAGGCAGAACUGUACUCCCCUAGGGACAACACGGGGAACUACCCCCCUGCCGUGGUCAGCCUGCUGCCCCCCAGCGGACCCUCCGAUGGCCUGGGACUGCCCCUGGACAGAGGAGGACCCCAAUGCACAGCUGGUGCUCCCAUCGACACACCAGGCCCAGGGGUGUAUGGGUAUUGGCCUGGUCAGAGGAGCAGCCAGUUGUCAGACCCCCAGCGGAGCGUUUCCUCAGUGAGGGCCACCUUCCACCCUCCCCCCUCUGUAGAGGACAGGCCCAGGGAACUGGAGACUCGACUGGAGCUUCUUCAGUCCCAGCUGCACAGACUGGAAACUCGAAUGACAGCAGACAUCACGGCCAUCCUGCAGCUGCUUCGGAGGCAGGCAGCCCUGGUCCCCCCGGCCUACACCGCCGUGCCAACAGGACCUCGCCCUGUUCAGCCACCUCACCCCACCGGCCCGCACGCCCCGGCAGCCCCCAUCCUCCACUACUCCCCGAACCAGACUGCCAGCGCCCCGUCGCCUCAGCAGAGCCUGGACUCAGACAAGGAAAAGUCCAAGGACUCCUUGUCCAGCGGUAUCCACCUCACCGUGGCCUCUGAUGACACCAUGUCCCCUGAGACAGCGCCCCCUUCAGGGCCCUGCAUGGACCUCAGACCCGCCCAGGUCUCCUUCCCCACCCCGGGGCCCUCUGGACUGCUGUGUGGCAGCCUGCGCUUCCCCUCCCUCCCGGACAACCUGGAGACCUCCUCGGAGGGGCAGGAGAUUCGGAGGCGCGUGUCUGACCCCAACCUGCCAGGAAGCUAAAACCCUUCAACCUUCAACCUUAACCCUCCCUCCCGACACUCCCUGCACCGCCACAGGACAGCCGUACGGUGGCACUACUCACCCCCCCGACCUCGUGUCCCCCCCGACCCCUGACCUGUAAGAUGCUGCUGAUCACGUGGGUUGCCUUCCACGUAGCUGAGUGGUGGUUCUAUGGAGAACCUGUUCCCACUGACUGACAAGGGUCCGGAGCGAAGCACCUCACAUCCCGAACAACCAACAUCUCUCUCUCUAAGGACCCAAGGCAGUGAUGACAGGGGACUUAGGCUUACUGUAACCUGGGGACCCACAAAGUCUGAGGGGGGCCUAGGUCUGCCUAUGGAGCUUUGAUAUGAAACCGGGCUGACUAUAAGCACACACGCACACACACACACGUACACACACAACACAUACAUCACAAAGACACUCCCAAUAGUACCAAAGCCCCUUUUCCCUGGAUUUCAAAGCUGUAAGACCUGGCAUUUCCUGUCCUUUGUGAAGUGACCCGGUAUGCUGCCUUGGUCUCUAUUGCCAUGGUCCCUAUGUCUUAGAAGAAUUUGGCCAAAGUACAUUCUGUAGAAUUGUGUGUGUAUAUAUGUCCACACAAGCUAAAACUGAAACGUGUUUUCGUAGUAUACAAUUAAAAUGAGACAAUGGAAUGGGGUUGAUGAGGGUUGAGUCUGGGAAGUGUAGUACUUAUGACUUGUCAGAAUGCACAAAUAUAUUUAUUUCACAUUA